AUGUACUACAGAGAGAUUGACAGUUACCAUGUAGAGACUGAUAGGUACUACGGAGAGACUGAUAGAUACUACGGAGACACUGAUAGGUACUACGGAGAGAAUCAGAGACUGAUAGGUACUACGGAGAGACUGAUAGGUACUACGGAGACACUGAUAGGUACUACGGAGAGAAUCAGGUACUACGGAGAGACUGAUAGAUACUACGGAGAGACUGAUAGGUACUACGGAGAGACUGAUAGAUACUACGGAGACACUGAUAGGUACUACGGAGAGAAUCAGGUACUACGGAGAGAAUCAGGUACUACGGAGAGACUGAUAGAUACUACGGAGAGACUGAUAGGUACUACGGAGAGAUUGAUAGGUAACACGGAGAACCCGAUAGGUACUACGGAGAGACUUGAUAGUUUCCACGGAGUAAGGUACUACGGAGAGAUUGAUAGUUACCAUGUAGAGACUGAUAGGUACUACGGAGAGACUGAUAGGUACUACGGAGAGACUGAUAGAUACUACGGAGACACUGAUAUAGGUACUACGGAGAGAAUCAGGUACUACGGAGAGACUGAUAGAUACUACGGAGAGACUGAUAGGUACUACGGAGAGGCUGAUAGGUACUACGGAGAGAUUGAUAGGUAA